UUCUCCAGCGUCCGAUCCCCGUUUCCCACGAAUCCCACUCUACUCCUCCAUCUGCGGCCUCCUCCAUGCACCUGCCCCCUUCUCUCUCCUCCUUGCUUCCCCGCGCGCACGUUUUUACAAGGUGCCUACGGCGCGUCAACACGCUGCGCGCCCGCCACCUUCCGAUUCCCGGCCGCGCCUCCCUAAGCUCUGACGUGAUCGAUGCCGUGUGCUUCGUCUUGGUGGAAUUAGGGUUUCGGCGGAGGCGACCGGUCGCCGACGAUGGCGGACGACAGCGGCAGCCACGAGGGCGGCGGCGGCGACGACGACGUCCGGGAGCAGGACAUGUUCUUGCCUAUUACCAGCAUCACCCGGAUCAUGAAGAAGGCCGUCCCGGCCAAUGCCAAGAUCACUAAGGACGCUAAGGAGAUAAUGCAGUACUGCGUCUCCGAGUUCAUAUUCUUUGUGACGAGCGAGGCGAGGGAGAAAAGCAAAAAGGAGGAGCGUAAGAGAAUCAACGUGGACGAUUUGCUCUGGUCAGUGGAUACGGCAGGAUUCGAGUACGUGGAGCUUCUCAGGAUUUGCCUACAAAAGUACAGAGAGACGGGGGUAUGCGAUUUUUAUGCUUUUAUUUAUUUAUCUGUUUAUUAUUUUGUCCGAACAACAUGUAUUUGACCUUGCUUUGUCUGAACUGUAGAAGUGC